CAUUAUUCGUAAUUGGAAAAAGGAAAAGGAAAUAAAAAGACAAACAACUUUUCUUCCUUCGUAUAUGUCCUACUUUUUAUAUAUUUGGUUUUCCAUCUUCUUACACAUAUCCACACACAAAUACUUACAGUAACCUCAGCUAAUAACAAUGGAAAAUCAUCAUCGACUCCCACUCAUCCUCUUCUACCUCCUUCUUCUGUUAAUCUUCAUCACCCCACGGCGCACGUUAGCUUCGGACCCUUCAUGUCGAAACAUGUGCGGGUCUACACAAGUCAAGUACCCGUUCGGAACCGGCUACGGCUGUGGCUCGCCGCGUUUCCAACCAUACGUGACGUGCGCACCUACCGACGACAACCGAGACCACGACCACCUCGUCCUGACCACCCACACCGGAUCCUACCCCAUCACCUCCAUAUCCUACACCACCUCGACCUUAACCAUCACCCCACCAUCCAUGUCCACCUGCUUCAACAUGCAACCCUCUCAGUCCAACUUCGGUCUGGACUGGCCCAGCCCAUUCCAGCUCGGCCCAUCAACUUUCAUCCUCCUCUCUUGUCAACCCCCGACCUCUUCCCUCACCGUCAAAGAUUCCUCAACCGUCUGCGACCCCAACUCCCACCUCUGCGCCUCGAUAUACACGUGUCCCUCCGUGGUUGCUCUAGGCCUCCCGCUUUUCCCGCCGACAAACACGUGCUGCGUGUACGCGCCGGCGAAUUUGGACGGCAAGGAUGAGCUAAACCUCCGCAAAAUGAAGUGUUCAGCGUUCGCCUCUGUCGUUUCGCUUGGGGAUUACGCCACCGACCCUGCCAGGUGGCAAUACGGCGUCACUUUGGGGUAUAAUAACGGCGUUUUGGAGAGUAACGUUGUGGAAACCAAGUGCAAGAGCUGUGAAAUAAGUGAUGGGGUUUGUGGGUAUUCUACUACUAAUAGUGAUCAUGAUCAUGAUAAUUCGUUUCUUUGUGUAUGUAAAAAUGGACUCAAUACGACGACGGAUUGCAAUAAUGGCGCUGUUCCUUAUUAUGCUCAGGAUGCAUUUUGGGGUUCAUCAGUUUCUUCUUUACCCACCUGGAAAUUUUGGUAUGGUAUUUUGGCUGGCAUGACUAUCUGCAUGGCAGUUUAAAAGAUUAGAUGGAGUCUGGAGAUGGGCUUCCUUUAAAUUUGCUUGUUUUCACUCUGUUUCAGCUUUUGUACAAAAGUAGUUGUUUUGGAAAUGAAAUGUGUGUAGUUAUUGAUUGAUCAAAUUGAAAAAGUAGAAAAUAAAGUAACGCACAAAGCAUCUUCUGCUGUUCAAAUGGAUUUUAACGUAUAUAUAUCCACUUGUAGGCUUCUUUUAAAGCCACAUUCUUGUAGACGAUGUCAUGAAAAGAGAGUUUGAAUUGGUAAUUACAAUGUUAUUGUUUUAGUCA